GAGGUGCCAUCUGCAAAUCAUUCUCUAGUGCAGUGGAUUCUUACGGCUUCGUUCCCCACCGUUCGUUCUUCAGUAAGGAAGAACUAAAGAACCAUCAUCGUCUUGAUCUGUUCGUUUCCAUGGCUUUGCCAAGCUAGCUACAGUCUCCCGUACCAAUUUCAGAUUGGCUCGGCAUCAAAACGAUUCCCUGCAUACAGAUCUUGAAGAUUGGUUUGCCCCCAAAAGGGAAAUGCGUUUUCAUCCCAACUUUCCAUGGAGUCUGUGCAAUUGUGCAUCCCUGAUUGACUUGAGCAUCAUCAAUCGCCCCCUCUUUUUCAUAACAGAGUCUUGUAUCCAUGCAUUGCCUCCAAGCAACACCCCACGGUGCUUAGCUCGUGUUAAAUACUGCCAUGGCAUCCACUGGCUAUAAAUACGAGGCACGUAGUACACUUGUAAGUUGUAACCAUCAGCCAGUAAUCAUUCACCCGGGGAAGGAGAAGAGUGUCCUGUACUGGGACUGGGAGAUCGAUAAUAGCGCGAUGGGGAAGAACGGCAACCUGUGCUGCUUCUCCUUACUGCUGCUGCUUUUUGCCGGGUUGGCAUCCGGUGAUCACCAGGUUCUGUUUCAGGGGUUCAACUGGGAGUCGUGGAAGCAGAGCGGCGGGUGGUACAACAUGAUGAUGGGGAAGGUCGAUGACAUCGCCGCCGCCGGAGUAACGCACGUCUGGCUGCCGCCGCCGUCGCACUCAGUCUCCAAUGAAGGUUACAUGCCUGGUCGUCUGUACGACAUCGACGCGUCCAAGUACGGCAACGCGGCGGAGCUCAAGUCUUUGAUUGCCGCGCUCCAUUGUAAGGGUGUGCACGCGAUCGCCGAUAUCGUCAUCAACCACCGGAGCGCCGACUAUAAGGACAACCGCGGCACGUACUGCCUCUUCGAGGGCGGCACCUCCGACGGCCGCCUCGACUGGGGCCCGCACAUGAUCUGCCGCGACGACACCGUCUACUCCGAUGGCACCGGAAACCUCGACACCGGCGCCGACUUCGCGGCCGCGCCCGACAUCGACCACCUCAACGACCGCGUCCAGCGCGAGCUCAAGGAGUGGCUCCUCUGGCUCAAGACCGGCCUGGGCUUCGACGCGUGGCGGCUCGACUUCGCCGGGGGCUACUCCGCGGCGAUUGCCAAGGUGUACAUCGACGGCACGUCGCCGGACCUGGCCGUGGCCGAGGUUUGGAACACCAUGCCGACGUGCGGAGACGGGAAGCCGAACUACGACCAGGACGCGCACCGCCAGAACUUGGUGAACUGGGUGGACGGCGUGGGCGGGGCCGCGUCGGCGGGCAUGGUGUUCGAUUUUACGACCAAGGGGAUCCUGAACGCCGCCGUGGAGGGUGAGCUGUGGCGGCUGAUCGAUCCUCAGGGAAAGGCUCCAGGAGUGAUGGGGUGGUGGCCGGCCAAAGCCGUGACCUUCGUCGACAACCACGACACCGGCUCCACCCAGGCCAUGUGGCCCUUCCCCUCCGACAAGGUCAUGCAGGGCUACGCCUACAUCCUCACACACCCCGGCACGCCAUGCAUCUUCUACGACCAUUUCUUCGACUGGGGAUUCAAGGAGGAGAUCGCGGCGCUGGUGGCGGUGAGGAAGCGCAACAGCAUCACGGCGACGAGCGAGCUCAAGAUCCUCAUGUACGACGGUGACGCCUAUGUCGCCGAGAUCGACGGCAAGGUGGUGGUGAAGAUCGGCUCCAGGUACGACGUCGGGUCCGUGAUCCCCGCCGGGUUCGUGAACUGCGCCCACGGCAACGACUACGCCGUCUGGGAGAAGACCGGCGCCGUGGGAACCCUGCAGCAGAGCUGAAGCCUCGGCUGAUCCACCUUCGGAUCGAGAAUGGUUUGAAGUACAGGAUUUAUUUUCUGCUAUACACACGCCGAUACGAGUAGCUAUGAUUAAUGAUUUAACUAUGUAUACGGUAGUAAAUAAAAAAGCGAGGAGAUGAAGAGGAAUAAGAGGGCAAUUGCGCCGUUUUUAUGGUUCGAUGAACUGUACACAAUCAAAUUUACUUUCUACUUGGCUCAACAAAAUGUUACUUUGUACCGGACAUUGAGUUAUCUUUUGUUGGAUGCUUCUGCAUAAAAGUGUUCAGAAAAAUAAAAAGAACGAAAAGUUCAA